UUAACAAAAUGUCGCCUGCAGGCCCAAAUUUCCGCGAAAUAAGCUAAUUAGCAUAAUUAUCGAGCAAGCCACUGCCACUCGGAUCUGGGGAAUUUCGGCCUCGUUCCGGGGGGGGCCAUGACUGUAGGCUGCCACAAGCCAAGACGAGCAUCACGGAUCUCGAGGUCUCUGGUGUUUAGUAGAAGACUUGGCUCAAGCUUUGACUGGACUGACAAAAGCUUCAACGACAGUGCCAGAAGAAAGGGAUGGCAGCAGUCGGGGCACGGUACCCAACACAGGUUUACAUCAGAACUCGCCCCGAAUAACCAGUAGGGAACGGUGCGAGGGAAUCGGCAAGCUAUCUCUCCACCUCUCGUACUUGCCUCUACAGAAUAUUUCGGGACAUUUGUUGCAUCUCUUCAGGACUUGCUAGCUAGGCUUGGUACUGUUGCAUCAAUCAUGUACAGCAGACGACCCCGUCGUGUCGCUUCGCCAUGGAUGCAGCUGCUGAUCCUGUCGGCAAUCUUUCGAGCCUCAUCAGCCGCUCCGAUAUCCCACCAAAGGUAUACCGAUACACAGCCGCUAGUAGCAAGACAGGGGUAUCCAGAGGCUUUAAUCCGGAUACACAGCCACGCUGGUACCAAGGGAGGGGAGCAAGCAUACCGGUACACACGACACCAUCACAGACAGCUGCAGAAUAUCAUCUCUGUGUCGAGGCCUGAACCUGAAGAGUCAGAAAGUGAUCAGACGACCAGACAAAGCGACGAGACCCAGGAACCAACAGCGCAAAUUGGUCUGGAUGCUACUCUUGCUCCAUCGGUUGGCCCCAUCAGCAACGCGACGGCAUCACCCUCUCUAACUCCAGGGUCAUCCAAUACCGCUUCCGACGAUGCCAAUUCUACGACUGCUACCUAUAAUAACGGCACAAAUCCUGAUGCAACUGCUGCUACCUCCAACACACCACCUACUGCGACCCCAACAAACGUUUCCACACCGGCACCCUCCGCGAUAAUCAUUCCAGAGGGAGCUCAUCAUCUGAUUAUUGGCAUCUACUUCAUAGUGUCAUCUACCUCCGGUUCUAUCACCGAUCAUUCAGUCAAUACGGCUGAGUUGCAAACCGUGCUAGAGGUUUUUGCGGGGACCCUCCUGCGAGAAUGGCCCAGUAACCGAAGGUUGCUGAUGCUUGGAAAACAUCUAAGGGGAGGCAGUGGCACUACUAGCAGUGCAGACAGGAAUCACCACGAUGGUUUAACAAUGUGGAUGGUGGAGGAAACUACAGACAACAAUCGACGUCGACGUUUAGAAGUCACAUUGAUACCCAACACGGUAGCCGUGCAACCACAUUUGAUUGCCAGCCAAGAUUGUCCCAUUAGUGUGUCGACUGGAGGUGGGGACGGGGAAUAUUCUCACUGCCACAAGGCUCAUGGACGAUUUCAAAUUGUGGCCACGGCUGAUGAGAGUCCGGAUACGGUCUGUACUCAAAUGAGGGCAUCAAUCGACAAUCUCGUGGAAGAUGGGUACCUAAACGAUAUUCUAUCCUUUAGCGUACCCGGUUCCAAUCUGGAUCUGCAAACGGGUGGAAUGGACUUUUGUCAGCCUAUUGGAGAUUACACCGCCCCAACAUCGGUCAGCCCCGUUACCGGUGCGCCCUCCGCUGCCACCACGACAUCGUCGACAUCACCGGGUGAAACCAAUGUCUUUGAUCACUCCAACACAACGGCUUCACCGUUACCAGCCACCCCCGCACCGGUGGCAACACCCGCACCUGUUGUUGUGCCCGUCGGACCCACACAAGCACCGACAAAAGGUGAAUUUGUCGACGAGUGGCUGGGUCUCUUGAGUGAUGUCAAGGACCAAGAAGAUGCCGCCGCGGAUGGCGAUCCAUGGAAAGAAGUUCUUUCAGGUGGCGACGACGACGCAGACAACAAUGAUGUGGCUCCGACGAUUGCCCCGGUACGAGCCCCCACCGACCGAAACUACACAGAAGAAACACUCACGCUAGAACAACAACGAUGGGAUGACAGCAAAUUGGAUCAAGUGAUUUUCGUCCUAAUGAUAAUCUGGGCGAGUUUGCUUGGCUGUACAUGCUGCUGCUACUGGGCGGAUGCUGCCUGGAUUCGGCAUCGAGAAAUCGUGUUGGAUGAAGCAGAUGAGUACUACGAGCAUGAUGGACGGUGGUAUUACGACAAAAACUUUCGAUUUCCACGGCACCCUGGGGACUAUCCAGAAGACGCAGAACCCUUGGGAAUGGAUCAUGCAAGUGAGUAUUCAUCUUCUGGUGCCGAGUUUGAUUUGUUUGACCAAGAUGGGUCGUCUUUGGUCAUGUCUGAUUCCGAAGAGGACGAGUACGACGAUGAGGAUGGAUGGGGCGAUGCUGAAGAUGACUACGAUCCAAACGAGGCUGCAGAUGAGAGUGGCGACUUUUACGUCGAUGAAGAAGAAACAGAUGUGUUCGAUGAAGAAGACGGUGAUGACGAUUAUUAUGACGGAGAAGAGGAAGACAAUGAAUACUAUGAUGAGCAACAAGACUAUUUUGAUGAAGAAGAAGAUGACCAGGAAGCCCAACCACUCAAGAAGCCCAAGAAGAAGAAUAGGAAAGAAGGUUGAAACAAUCAAUUUGCCAAUCUCAACACUCUGCAGGCAUGUGAGCACCUUUGUGCGUAAACCAGGAAUGUUCCGAUGGCUGAACCCUGAACUACGUGGCAACAUACAUCACGCUCACACCACCAUUGGCCAGUGCUUUGAUGGGGUCGUCAUCAACGUCGCGCAACCACAGGGACUCGGCCACCGACAGUCUUGUCUCGAGGCAACGUAGACAUUGGACGUGUGGGGCCUUUCAAAAGCAAGAAGGACGGAUGCAGGUUUUGUCAUUUCAGCCAUAGAUAGCUCUGAAUGUAUACCGUAGAUACCCAAAGAGCUCCCCACCCCACCAGUUCAUUGGAGCGUGUAGACUCGACUCGACUCGGCUCUGCAAAAUAGUUGUUUCUUGGAUUCUUUGGAAAAACCGGUACGGGAAUGCCCAAGAAGACGCUGAAACACCAAAGCCGCGGACUGUGUGGGAGAGGAAAAUAUUCAAAUCUUCCGAGUGGAGUGGAUGUGGUUGUUUGGCAACCCAAUCUGUCUUGGUUGGCUUCCUGCUGUGGUGGGAACCUCCCGAAUGUCCGAGUCUUUGAAUUCACACCGGCUAUCACUUCCCCUUUGCUUUCUCCCACCGCGCCCCCGCUGGUUCCUGAUUCAAACUUGCUCUUUGGUUGUACAGGUGGGAGUUUCAGCUUCAAACUACCUAUAAUAUUGUAUGUAUGCAUAACUUAUGCAUUCGGUCUUGUUCUUUCCCAACUGAACACCCAGAGAAUCCGAGUCGAGUCCGACUGCUUUCGCCCUUUCUUCCUUUGGCCAUCAAGUACAUAACUAACCAGCACCAAAGGAAUAGACUAGAGAAGCCAAGCAAAGCAAAGACUCACUCUAGCUAGCUAGCUUGCCACAUCUGGACUUGUCUACCGGUAGCACCUCUGGCAGCUCUCUAAAAUGUCCACAAAUUUAGCUACAAAAGUUUUACAGACAAUCAGAUUGGAACUGGGAGUGCUCGUACUUGUUGCGCUAAAAGCCUCCAUUCCCUUGAUAUUAAGAAAUCGUUAGAGAAGAUGCUCUCUCCACCUUCUAAAGGAUAUGGCUCAGUAAGGCGGGAAGCAGAGUAUGAUAGGGGUCGUCAAAGCCAUUCACUUCUUUGAUCUUUUUCUUGUCCCAUAUCACCCUCGUCCUAGCUAUCCAGAGUGAUAAAACACUAAAUUACACUGGUGAUGAAUCCUGAGCUAAGAUAUAAGUUCAGUAGGAAGAUUUGUGAUACUAUUAAUAGCUAGACGUUACUAAUAAUACUGCUAAGAUUGGAUUGGAUUGGAUUCGAUUCCAUU